ACGUAACAUCCUGUCAUCCGUAGUUUUUACAUCCGGAGGGUGGGGCUUUUGUUGUAGGAGCGGUUUGUGUUUGGAGAUCCAAUGCUUCGAAAUGCUCUAUUAAUGCACUCAUCAAGAUAACAUCAACCGAGGGCAGACGUACAAAUCCUGCUUUGGGUUGUGUCAGAGUGUCUGGAGACAGAGUGUAUGCGUGGGUUUGUCUGUGCGCCCGUUUGAAAGAGACGCAAAGAAGAAUCCAGUGAUGGCGACCAGUAAAAGUAAAAACCAGAGCUCUCUGGCACUGCACAAGGUGAUAAUGGUGGGCAGUGGAGGAGUGGGGAAGUCAGCCCUCACCCUGCAGUUCAUGUAUGAUGAGUUUGUGGAGGACUACGAGCCCACCAAAGCAGACAGCUACAGGAAGAAGGUGGUUCUGGAUGGGGAGGAGGUCCAGAUCGAUAUCCUGGACACAGCCGGCCAGGAGGACUAUGCUGCCAUCAGGGACAACUAUUUUCGCAGCGGGGAGGGCUUCCUGCUGGUCUUCUCCAUCACAGAGCAUGAGUCCUUCUCUGCCACUGUGGAGUUCAGGGAACAGAUCUUGCGGGUUAAGGCGGAAGAGGACAAGAUCCCUCUCCUGCUCGUAGGGAACAAGUCGGACUUGGAGGAGCGUAGGCAGGUGUCCGUGGAUGAGGGCCGAGGGAAGGCCGAGGAGUGGGGCGUCCAGUAUGUAGAGACAUCAGCCAAAACAAGAGCCAAUGUGGACAAGGUAUUCUUUGACCUCAUGCGUGAAGUACGAGGCAAGAAAAUGUCAGAAAACAAAGACAAAAACGGAAAAGGAAAGAACAAGAAGAACAAGAAGAGCUUCAGAGAAAGAUGCUGUUUACUUUGAACUCAUGGACCUUAAUAACCCACACUAUAAUUAAAGUUGGGGAACAAAGCAGAGCGUCCUUGCCUUUGCCAUUCAAAUUCAGUUUUUAAUAGCUGGUAGUAGUUUAGUGUUUAGAACAAUCUCAAGCAAUUUUUUUUGUCAUUUUUAAUUAAUGAAGCUGAGUUGCCGAUUCAUUGGAAGGUAACCACUGCUCUGACUGGGACUGCAGUACUUGAUGGCUCUUAAUAAGCCAAUGACCAAACUGCCACUGACACUAACUCUGCUGCUCAAGACAUUUUCCAGUUUAACUCAGCGAGUGUACUGCCUUUGACUUUGGUUCAGUGUGUUUUACACCAGAAUUGUUGAGUCUUCGUCAAGUAAACAGUGCUCUUAAUGUCUUCACUUGCUCUUAAUCUUAACCUUCAUAAUUGUUAGUCUGUUAUUACAGACUCCAUCAAUCUACAAAGAACUCUAAUGCUGCUGUUUGUCAUAUUUGUAAUCAUUUAUGAUUUCGCUGAAUUUCUUGCCUAUAGAAGUUGUUUGCCUCGUUCAUUCAUCUGUCCAGUCUCUGAUGUCUAUGCUUUCAGAGCAUGUUUGGAAUUUGAAACUUGACGCUUCAGAAGUUUUCAUUUUUGAGCCCUUGAGGCCACAGUUUUGCUGUGGGCAUCCAGUGAUAUGUGAUUUUCCGACCACACAAAAAUCAGCCUGUGCAAUCAGCGGACUUGUUACCAAACAGGGUUAUUUUAUUACAUUUUUGUCAGGCCUCUUAUGAUUACUACAAAUCAAUCCUAAAAUGCUUGGCUUUUUUUCAGCUGCUGCAAAUUGCAGUCUUUGGUGACUGUAAAUCACAGACUAACAAAUUUACAGAACUUCAAAUUUAUCAUUUUUCGGAGCUCACAGGGCUUUGUUAGAGAAGAAGGAUGAAAUCUGGUUGCUAGUAUUUUAGUGUUGAUAACUUAGCAGCAAGGAGAGACCAGACCUGUUUUGUCUUGACGGUGCUCUGUCAUGUUCAUGUAAUCAGACCUUUCCCACCCUUCUAGACUCGUGUUGACAAUCCAAGAGGCCAUCACACUUCUGGUCCCUGCAUUAUAAUCAAUAAGAUCUUUUAAAAAAGUCUGUUUGUUUUUUUUUUUUAUCUGUUUUGAAUAACAUGCACUACAUUUCAGAUCGCUACAACGUUGACUUGAGUCAUGCUGAAGCUUUUUCAACAGUUUGUGCCAACAAAAUCACAAAGUCAAAUUAUGUGGAUGUACAGUGUGUGUUAUCUUACCGAGUGUGUGCAUAUAUCAGGAAAUCCUAGGACCUUUUCUGUGUUUGUGUGAGUGAAGUUUUGACGAGUGUGCCAACUGUUGUUUAAUCAAUUGCUACAGUGAAAAUGAUGUUUCUGCCACUGCCUAAACCAUCCUUUGUAACAACCCCCCCUUUACUUCCUACAGCUGUGAGUGUGCUUUUAUCCCUGUAGCAAGUGUUGCUGAAUAAAUGCUUUUUUUCUUUGUAAA